UUUUCCUUGACGUUUUUGAAGGUGACGACCGUGCACGUGUCCCAAGGAUGAGCCGGCGGCCUGCGGUGUGCGGGUUCCGCCUGUUGCUGCUGGGGCUGGGAACAUCCGUGACCAUCACCUGCCUGGCCCUGACGUACUGUGUGGGGCACCUCGACAGACAAACAACUGAAGACCAGAAUGUGGCAGAGAAGGGGCAAGUAGACGACGAAGAGAGCAAAAUCCGACAACUGAAUGUCAAAAUUCAGGAACUUGAAGAACAACUGAGUAUGGAGAAGCUACGUGCCUGUCCUUUAGACCUGCCACAAACAAGGCCCGUCCGCACAUGCGCGGAAAAGACCAACUUUGUCUUCAUCAAGACGCAUAAGUCGGGAAGCGAAACGAUGACGUCACUCUUCCAUCGCUAUGGCGACGAAAGGAUGCUGGAAUUUGUGUUACCAAGGGGUGACAUCAACGAUUGGUACCUUGGAUGGCCCUCCCCCAUCACCAAAGACAUCUACCGACCAGCUAAAUCCGGAACGUUCAACAUCAUGUGUGAACAUACCGUCUUCAACAAACCAGCGAUGUCAAAGAUCAUGCCUAAAGACACGGUUUACGUUACGAUCUUGAGAGAACCUUUCGAACAGUUCAAGUCGUCCUUCAAGUAUCAUCUCCUACCGAAAAUACUCGGUAUUCCCGAAAACAGCGACGUCCUACAAGAGUUUUUCCGACAGCCGGAGACCUACGACGACAUCUACACUUCGGGAGCAGAAGAAGUCCGAAAGGUUCGGACGGGAAUUCCCGACGGCAUUUCCGUGACCCGAAACUUCAUGGCGCACGAUCUCGGCUAUCCGAGGGAGCAAUGGGAAAAUUCAACCUACAUGGAAGAAUUCAUAAAGUACAUCGAAGAAGAGUUUAUUUUUGUAAUGAUUUUGGAACAUUUUGAGGAAUCUCUCGUGCUUCUGAAACGCGCCAUGUGUUGGGAAUUUCAGGACAUCGUUUACUAUCCAUCCAAUGUGGCAGUCUAUCCCUACAAGAUGGAUAGAAGACAGAACCUCAUAGAUGCACAUAAAAAAAUCAGCAAAGUCGACUAUGCACUUUAUCAAUACUUUAACAAGACCCUUUGGGAGAGGAUUGAGGAAGGCGGACAGGACUUUAAAGAAGAGCUUGAGGCGUUUCGGAAAAUCCAAAGGGUGACCACAAGAUAUUGUGAUAGUAAGAGCACAACGCCGCUAAGUUUUCCCAGCACAAAAUGGAGCAUGGAGGUGCGAAUUACGCGCCAUUUCUGCUCAAGAUAUGGAAUGGACACAGGCAGGUACUUAGACCAUGUUUUGAAAAAAAGAUAUGAUGGUCUUCUCACAUAAAAGGGACUUCUCAAAUAGUACAGUGCUAAACUUUCUUCCAACACAUAUACCCUGUGCACAUACCCAAUACACAUAUCAAAGUUUCGGCAACCACUGUUACCUUCUUCGGGAUCAAUGACGACCAAUCACUUCAGAUUGUAGACUCUGAAGUGAUUGGUCAUCAGUAUUGAUCUUGAAGAAGGCGACAGUAGUCAUUGAAAAUUUCAUCUGCAUAUACCCUUUCAUUGGAAGAAAGUUUAUCAUUGUACUAUGAUUACUACCAACAUAGAUGAGCUUCCAUGAAAGGACUUUUCACAGACUGCAGAUACAGUGUGCAUAGUGUGCAUGUCGUUGAUACAGAUAGCUUUUGAACUUUAACCACUUACGUGUAUGCAGCUAUUUUUUAUUGACAAAGAAACAUAUGAAAAGCCUUUAUUUUGUCUAGCCAGAACACAGCCUAAAAAAAUGCCAAUAUUCCAGGUUGUACAGGGCCAUCUGAUAUUUUGCAUACCAUUACUGCCAUUUAGAAAAUUUAAACUUGCAACACUAUACAAAUUUGCUCACAAUAUUACUUUUUGUCUGGACUUGUGGUUACAUUUUACUACUUUUAGAUAAAGUAAAGUCAAAUAUGAUAUUGCAUACUUGCAGUUCAGGAAAUGAGAAUUAACUCCACAACUCUGA